AUGGAUGGGGUGCUGGAGUACCCCCAGGCUGCGCCCCAUCAACACUGUCCCAUCAAAGUACCCCCAGCCUCCCUGGGGGGCCCCUUGGCCCUGUCCUGCUGCAUGGAGGGGGGUGGCAGGUGCAUCAAGGCCCCCCAGGUUACUGGAGUCAAAGUUCAGCUGGAGAUGGCCAUGCUGUGGCGGCAGUUUGACCAGCUGGGUACGGAGAUGAUCGUCACCAAAGCCGGGAGGAGGAUGUUCCCCACAUUCCAGGUACAGAUUUCGGGAAUGGACCCCAUGGCAGAGUAUGUCCUGCUGAUGGACUUUAUCCCUGUGGAUGACAAACGAUACAGGUACGCCUUCCACAGCUCGUCCUGGCUGGUGGCAGGGCGGGCAGAUGCGGCAGCCCCUGGGAGGGUGCACUUCCACCCCGACUCCCCAGCACGCGGUGCACAGUGGAUGAAGCAGACCGUCUCCUUCGAUCGGCUCAAACUCACCAACAACCUGCUGGACGACAAUGGACAUAUCAUCCUGAACUCCAUGCACCGGUACCAGCCGCGUUUCCACGUGGUGUUUGUGGACCCGCGCCGGGACAGCCAGCGCUACGCCCACCACAACUUCACCACCUUCUUCUUCCCUGAGACCCGCUUCACUGCCGUCACUGCGUACCAGAACCACAGGAUCACCCAGCUGAAGAUUGCCAGUAACCCCUUCGCGAAAGGCUUCCGGACACCAGGCCCAGAUGACUGGUAG